AUGGGUUCCCCGAGUGUGCAUCGUCCGGGGAGUGCUGAGACAAGCCUAGCCGCCGGUGGUGCCCCACCCGCCGACUCUCAGCAGGAGCGGCAAGGCUUGGAAAAGAAGCGGAAGCUCAACCCGCUGGAGACUCUGCUCAUGGUCUACACGCAGACCUCCGCGAGGACGGACGCGAGGCCCGACCGGCAGUACCCCUUCCUGACGGGCUUGCCUCUCAAGCCCUACUUUGAUAGGCCAACGUUACGCACGGAGGAGAUCCCUGGCGUCAUGUGGGCCUUUGAGCAGCCUCAGGAGUUUUUCAAUGUUUCCGUCAACAUCCGCAUGACUGCCGUGCGGCUGGAAGGUGGCGGUCUUUGGGUUCACGCCCCGGUAGCCCCUACCGAGGAGUGUGUGAACCUCGUGGAGGAACUUGGGGAGGAGGUCCGGUACAUCGUGCUCCCCACUACGGCGCGAGUACAACCUUACGUGAAGGAGUUCGCGUCCGAGGUGUGCAGGGACUGGCCCGACAUAAAAGGUUUCCUGGCGUGCCACUACUCCCGACGAGUCCCGGCAACGACGCAAGACUUUCGGCGAGCCUUCGGUUUCGCCUUUGCCAACGUUGACGGUGGCAAGAAGGCGUCCUCACCAGCAACCGGGAGCGGUCCCGCCGGGGAGAAAAAGCAGGCGUUCGGCGACGCAGGGGGUUUCUUAAAGAGCCUGGGGUUGGACCGGUUGUUGAAAGCGGGAGGCGGGAGGGGGGGAGGAGACGGCGACAACGCGGACCCCCUCGACAUGGUGCCAGAGCAGGAUUUGGCCACGCUCAACUUCGUGAACGAUUUCGUCGUCAAGUAUGGAUUGGCAGACAAGGAAUGAGUGGGUGCUGUUGCUGCUGG